AUGUCGCAAGACAACUCAGACCAGAACAUUGAGAUCUGGAAGAUGAAGAGACUCAUAAAGAGUCUAGAGGCAGCCCGAGGAAACGGUACCUCUAUGAUUUCCCUUAUUAUUCCACCCAGGGACCAGGUCUCCCGCGCAGUCAAAAUGCUGGCUGAUGAAUAUGGCACUGCAUCCAAUAUCAAGUCCCGUGUGAAUCGUCUCUCUGUAUUGUCGGCAAUCACAUCUACUCAACAGCGCCUUAAGCUCUACAAUAGAGUACCUGAGAAUGGCUUGGUGGUUUAUUGUGGCACGAUUGUUACAGAUGAAGGCAAAGAGAAAAAGGUCAAUAUUGAUUUUGAGCCUCACAAGCCCAUCAACACCUCUCUCUAUCUUUGCGACAACAAAUUCCAUACCGAGGCACUGUCCGAGCUUCUGGAGGCAGAUGCCACAUUUGGUUUUAUCGUGAUGGAUGGCAACGGUUCUCUUUUCGGUACGCUUUCUGGAAACACGCGCACCGUGAUCCACAAGCUCCAGGUUGAUUUGCCCAAAAAGCAUGGACGAGGUGGCCAGUCUGCCCUUCGUUUCUCUCGUCUGCGUGACGAGAAGCGCCACAACUACGUUCGCAAGAUUGCCGAACUGGCCGUCAAUUUCUUUGUCAGCGCUGACAAGGUGAACGUGGCCGGCCUAGUGUUGGCUGGCUCGGCUGAUUUCAAGACCGAAUUAUCACAGUCAGAUCUGUUCGACAUCCGUCUGCAGGCCAAGGUGGUCAAGGUGGUCGAUGUGUCGUACGGUGGCGAAAACGGGUUUAAUCAGGCGAUCGAACUGUCGUCCGAUGCACUGUCAAAUGUGAAAUUUGUCCAGGAAAAGAGAUUGAUCCAGAACUACUUUAACGAGAUCUCUCAGGAUACCGGAAAGUACUGCUUUGGAGUCGAUGACACUCUGAAGGCCUUGGAGCUUGGUGCAGUGGAGAGUCUGAUCGUGUGGGAAGAUCUUGAAACGAAUCGGUAUGUCCUGCGCGACAUCGAAGGCGUGGAGCAUAUCAUCCAUCCGACAAAGCAAGAGGAAAAAGGCCGAGAGUUUCUUCAGGACAAGUGCGCCGAGGCAGCCCCCAACUCGGAAAUGGAAUUGAUUGAAGUCAAGCCAUUGUUGGAAUGGUUUUCUGAAAAAUACAAAGAUUUUGGUGCUACACUUGAGUACAUCACCAACCGCUCCCAGGAAGGAUCUCAAUUUGUGAAAGGAUUCGGUGGCAUUGGUGGAAUUCUCAGAUAUCGUGUUAACUUUGAAGCGCUCACGUAUGAAUCCGAUGAAUUUUACUCUGAUGAAGAUUUUUAGCAUACCCCAACCCCAAAAGUACUCUUAUCCCUAAACCCCCCCAUAAUGGUGCUGUCAAGGCUUGAGGGAAGCCAUUAAAUGAAAUAAAAACAGCUUAAUAAUCACUUGAUAAAAUGUUGUUUCAAGACAUCAUUUUUAUCAACCAAGAAAAUGAACAGAUCCUUUGCUAGUUAAUCAGUCUGGUUGACAUCUGAUGACAUAACAAAAAGAGGUAAAGAAAGAUCAUGACAAGCAAAAAGAUAGAAUAACCUGCUUGGCACAGCAAUACUUUUGUGAUUACUUGUUCCUGGCAUUUAAAAGAAGAAAAACUCCCCUUUUGGUUGAUAAUUUUGUGCAGCAAAAAGUAAAGAGAGCAUGUAGUACAAAACACAGACACAUGUAC